AUGUAUCGUGGGGGGUGGGAGGGUUGGUUGCGUUCAUUCGUUGGUUUAGGAAGAACCGGGUUUCGGAGUACAAAACAGCGUUUGACGGACUUGCAUAUCAAUGUACGCGUCGCAGUGGGUGCGAAUGCUAGCGAGUCGUGCUCCCGGACGCUGCGUGGUACUAGGCAGACUGGCUGCUAGUAGUACGUCCCAUUACCACGGCUCUCACGCGAGUGAGUCUGGUCUUGAGACGCGAGCAAAUUGUUACUGAUCCCGGCCGAAUAGGAGUGCGUAUCAUCAUUGAAGGCGCAUUGACAUUGACUCGCACCGAGCGUAAGUUGGACGUAAAGUCGUAAACAGCCAUUCAUUGCUGCUGCUGUCUCAUCGACCGUCUACGAUCAUAUCGUGACUACAGGUAGCGCCCGCAGUUCAGAAAUGCUUAUUUCAGGCUCAGGCUCAAAUUCUUAUUGUGGGCUAUAUAAACUCAGCGUCGUCAAU